AUGCAGCGCAUCACCCGCCCCACCCUCAACGCUCUCAAGGCCGCCCCCAUCCAGUCGCGCGGCUUCGCCAAGGCCACUCUCAUCGGCCGUCUCGGCGCUGUCCCCGAGGUCCGUGACUCGGCCAACGGCAAGAAAUACGUUCGCUACACCAUUGCCGUCAGCCGCCCCCCCAAGCGCGACGAGAACGGCGAGAUCGUCAAGGGCCCCGACGGCUUCGCCGUCACUGACACCGACUGCUCGAUCGAGAGCAUGCCCCGCAUCCCCACCGGAAGCCAGCUCGCCGUCGAGGCCGUCCUCGAGACCCGCCAGACCGCCGAGGGUGUCCGCGACAUCCUCCUCCGCGAUAUUUCCCAUAAAGUUGUGAACUUCAAGUCCAAGCCCCAGCAGUGA